AUGGGGUUUCUCCUCCUCCUAGGAUUGAUCUUCUUCAUGUCGUCGCCUUGUGUUGAACUGAUCUCUGCCUCUGAUAGAUUGCAACGUGGGAGGCCCGUCUCUGUUAACCAGACGAUAGUCUCCACUGGCGGGAACUUCGCUUUAGGCUUCUUCCUCCCUGGGAACUCUAUUGGGAAGUUCUAUGCAGGUAUAUGGUACAAUAAUCUUCCGGGAAGAACUGUGGUAUGGGUCGCGAACAGGGAGAAGCCGCUUCUGGACCCAUCAGGCGUUCUGGCCAUUGCCCCAGACGGAAACAUUUCUGUUCUUGAUUCAGAGGGGAGCGUCGUCUGGUCAUCGAAUGCCUCCGCCAUCUCCGGCAACGCCACUGCGGUGCUUCAGGACGACGGCAAUCUCGUUCUGAGGGCGGAAGAGGGCAGCGCUGUCGUGUGGCAGAGCUUCGAUCACCCGACAGACACACUUCUGCCCGGCAUGAAGCUGCGGAGAAGCUCUCAGUCCAAUCUAUCCAGCACGUUGAUAGGUUGGAGAGAUGUUGAGGACCCGUCCCCCGGGAAUUUCUCCUUCGGGAUCGAUCCGAGAACGACCCUCCAGUUAAUCAUAUGGCGGGGAUCGGAAAUUCGAGCCAGAAGCCAGGUUUGGACCGGGAAUCAGAUCGGCGCCACGCGAGAUCCCAUUUCUCUCUCUAUAUUUUUACUGAGCCUGGAGGCCAACGGGGAGGAAACGAGCGUCAAAUUCUCCGCGGCGGAAGGCUCGACUGCCGGAAGGAUCGUUCUGGACUUCACAGGCUACCUCAAAGGGCUGCUGUGGGAUAACAGGACGAAGAACUGGACCGUAGUUGCCUCAGAGCCGAGGCCCCCCUGCGAAAUUUACAACGCCUGCGGGCCGGCCUCCGUAUGCAACUCCAGCAACCCCUCUCUGAGCUGCAGCUGCUUGCGGGGCUUCGAGCCCAGAAACAUGGAGGAAUGGAAGGAGGGGAACUUCACGGCGGGCUGUGCGAGGCGGGUGCCUUUCAAUUGCGAUGAAGGAGACUGGUUUCUGAAAUCGGAUGGGUUGAGGAUGCCCGAUGGGUUCGUAUCGGUGAGAAAUAUGAGCGCGAUUGAGCUGUGCGAGGGUGAAUGCUCUAGGAGAUGCAGCUGCUCGGCAUACGCCUACUCCAAUCUGCACAUCUCCGGUGCCGUCUCCCAGUGCCUGAUCUGGAUCGGAGAGAUGCUGGACAUCGCUCAAGUGGACCUCGCAGCUCGGAGCCUCUAUGUGCGCCUUCCUGCUGCCAACGCGGGUAUGCAUCUGUAUUAAUAUCCUGUCCUCUUCUCCCUUCUCUCUUCGUAAACGCAAGGAAAACUAAGCGGUUGAGUCUGAAAGGUUACUGCUUUCUAUUGUGCAGUCAGCAACCCUACAGGCGAUCGAAGAUCAUCACGUAGGAUCAUUCUGCUCCUCGUUAUACUGCCGACCUUCGCCUCUGCAAUGGUUUUGGUUGGAAUUUGCUGCUCCAUUAGGAAAAGAGCCAAGAAGAAAGGUACGAUCAUUUUUAAUCUGCCCUUUCUGUUCGUCAUGCCCUGGAGAUUCUGAGGAUGAUAUGCCUUCAAUUCUUUCGGAAAUGAAAGCAGAAAUGAGGGCGAGCAAGGAGGUAAUCCUUGGCAAUUGGAGCGCUCCUGUCGCCGUUCAGGGUGGGAAGGACGCGAUAGACCUACGGUUUAUGGACUUCGGGAGUGUCAUGGCUGCCACAGAUAACUUCUCUGGUGAGAACAAGCUUGGAGAAGGCGGAUUUGGUCCUGUUUACAGGGUAAGAUGCAUCAAAUUGGCUGUCGACCAUGUUAAAUAAGGAUGAUUGAUCAUGGGUCCUCUAAUUAUAUCAGAAUUCUCGCUGCCGAUUGCAGGGGAGAUUGCCUCAAGGUGAGGAAAUAGCCGUAAAGAGACUCUCGAAGAGAUCUGGCCAAGGCAUUGAGGAGUUCCAGAAUGAAGUGGAGCUCAUCGCCCGGCUCCAGCACAGAAACCUGGUUAGGCUCGUGGCCUGGUGCACCCAUCAAGAAGAGAAGAUUCUGAUUUAUGAGUAUCUUCCAAAUAAAAGCCUGGACAAGUAUAUAUUUGGUAGGUUAGUUCAAUUUCCUCCGAAUUUUUAGAAACAAGACUGUUUUUACAGGAUUUUCUCUGUUAUCUUUUCAUCCACUCACCAGGAUUGCUUCGAUUCUGCAGAUCCGGAGAGAUCGAGAGAACUCGACUGGGGAAAGCGCACCAGGAUCAUUGAAGGGAUAGCCCAGGGCUUGCUGUACCUUCACCGCUACUCUCGGCUGCGCAUCAUACACCGAGACCUGAAGGCGAGCAAUAUACUUUUGGACGACGCGAUGAACCCUAAAAUUUCAGAUUUCGGGCUGGCGAGGAUAUUUGGUGGGAACCAAACGCAGGCGAACACCGACAAGAUUGUCGGAACCAUGUGAGCGCCGUUACCCAAGUCGUUGCCUCAGAGAGACUUUCCUUCGAUGCUAACCUCGCGGAUGAUGAGUUCGAAUGCAGAGGAUAUAUGUCCCCGGAAUACGCCUUGAAUGGCCUCUUCUCGGAGAAAUCUGACGUCUUCAGCUUCGGCGUAAUUAUCUUAGAGAUCGUUUCUGGCGAAAAGAGCUCUGGUUUCUACCACUUCGAAGAGGCGCUCUCCCUCCUAGGAUAUGUGAGUAACUGAUAAUGCAUGGGAUUUUUAUCUCUCGAGAGGUUGACCUUCCGAAGGAUGCAUCUCGUGCGUUCCACAGCUCGCAUUACACCUGUGGGCCGAGCUUCUUGUGCCUUUGGUCUUAACUUGUAGGGCUUCCGGCUUUCCUCAUCAGACCUUGGUUGUCCUUUUCCUCGUGACUUUCAGGCGUGGAGGCUGUGGCAACAAGGGAGAGGCUUGGAGCUCGUGGAUUCAUCAAUCACGGGAACAGUUCACGAGGGAGAAGCUCUCAGGUUCAUUACGGUGGGCUUAUUAUGCACUCAAGAAAAUCCCGCGCAUCGGCCCUCGAUGUCUUCGGUCAUCUCCAUGCUAGGUAACGAGCAGGCAGCUCUUCCUUCGCCGACAUAUCCCCCAUUUUUUGAAGAUAGGGGUGCAAAGCUCACAGUAGGGACCUUAUUCUCAAGCCAAUCAGUUAACGAGGUGACAAACACUGAUGUGUACGGCCGUUGA